UUAAAACAAAAUUUGCAUGGGAUGGAAUUUUAGCCAUGAUAGUUAAAAUACUCCUUUGAUCCUAAACCAGUUAUUUAUUUUUUUUUAAAUACUGCGUUUUAUUUGUACGAUUAAUACAAAAACAAAAAUAUAACAUUUUUUAAUAGUUAAUUAUUUUAAAAAAUUAUAAUUGUUCAUUGAACAUUUACGGUAUAUAUAAAAUUCAAAUAAGUUUGAACAAAAGUGUGCAAACAUUAGGAAACUCUUAAGAUGCAAAUAGUCCUACCAAGAUGUUCAAUUUUUCACAUUGAUCUACAUUUCGUUUUGUGAAAGUUGUAUCACUGCCAAGAAAUACAUUGUUUCAAAGGAAGUAGUUAUUCGUGCAUAUAGUUUAUAAUACUUGAAUGAUAGCAGACUUUACGUUGAUUUGCUGUUUUAUAAAAACUUUUUAGUCUUUUUUACCUUUUUUGUUCUUUGUUUCUUUCUUUCGUACGGAAUAAUGGCAAAUUACUAAAUCAUUAGUAACUGUGAUCAAAAAAAUGAAAAAACACCGGCGAUAUUUGUUUGAAAUUUAAAAUUUUAUAAGUAUGAAAUAAACUAACUUUCUUUAUCCAAGGAAAUUGCAAUCAUAUAUAUGAAUAAAAUAUUUCUUUGAGAGAUUAAUGUUUUAUAUAACUAUAUUUGUCCGUUAUUUGGACAAAAUCAUAACUAUUGUGAUUGCUAUGUGAUAGAAUUUGAUACUUGUUACAUAUACAAUAUUAAUUUACAAAUUAUCAUCGAAGUUUGUUAACGCUUUAUCAGCUAAGAUAAUAUCGUUGUAAUAUUGAAAACAUACAAUAUAGGGCAAAAUAAUUAUAUAAACUUGUAAAUAUUGGAUUUGAUUAAUCUCAAUAAUGGAUAACGCAAGCAAGAAACAAACCUUUCACAAUGAUAAAGAGAAGAAACAAUCUAACCACAAUCAAAGGAAAAGUUUGGAUCAAGGGAUUUGUAAAGAAUCUGAGUUAGAUAUAUCAUAUACAAUUCGAUUGGAUUCCACAAAUCAGGAAGAUGUUGAAAAAAAAGUUCAGUGUCUAAAACAUGUAUUGGAGAAAGACCUAAGAGCAGCUGAUUUAAAAUGGUCCCUAUUUGUAGCAGCUUGUAAUACAUAUCGCUAUGAUACUUGUUUAAAACCAUUUCCACCAAUGUAUAUAAAAAAUGAAUGCAAAGACAUUGAAGCUUUGAGAAGAGCUAUAGAAGUAAUUCCUCCAUUGGCUGUAAUAUUGAAAGCAUUAUCAGAAUCAGAUGCAUAUGAAAAAUAUGGAAUGGCUAUAGAUCUAUUACAGUGGGUUUUAGUGCGCUUGAGAGAUCCUUAUAUAAAAAGCAUUAAAAAAGAAAAUUAUGACUUGAUAUUGAGAAAAGUACCCUCAGAAAUGCCAGUAGUUGCACCAAAUUUAAUAUUCCAAGUCACAAGUACAAAACAAUCUACUUCAGAAGACAGAUGGAAAACAAUUGCUCAAGGCCACACAACAUUUUAUGCUUAUCAUGGUAGUCGACUGGAAAACUUCCAUUCCAUUAUACAUUAUGGUCUACAACAGAGUAUGUGUAAGAACUCAUUAUUUGGUAAAGGAAUAUAUCUUUCGAGUGAGUUAGGUGUAAGUUUACCAUAUAGUCCGGUUGGCUAUGGGUGGGGAGGUAGUGUAUUAGGAAGUGAAAUGAGCUGCAUAGCUUUAUGUGAACUUAUUAAUCAUACAGAUGUAAAAACUGGAGAUUCAGAUGAUGCUAGAAGUUUAGUAUCAGAUUCCAUGGGUGGAAGGGUUCCAAAUAAAUAUUAUUUGGUAACAAAUAGUGAAUUGGUAAGGGUACGAUACCUCCUUAUUUAUAGUCAACAAGUUCAAGCAGCAAGAUGUAUUAAUAAUAAAGGAUUAUUGGCAUGGUUUAAACAACAUAAAUUAUUAACAUUUGUGCUUGGUUAUGUGGUGCUGCUGGCUUCAGUUGGACUGACUCAUAAUAAACAAGUUGAAAAAUAUUAUAAAUUAUUUGCUCAAAAAGUUGGACUGGAGUAAGAAGAAGCUUUUUAAUACAAUAAGUUAUCCAUCCAUUAAUAUGUACAUUAGGAUAAAAAAUUAUUUCUUUUUACAUUUUUUUCAAUGAAAUUACAUAAAUUUGCAUUUAUUAUAAGAAAUAUAUACAAUUUGUAAAUAAUACAUAUAAUUUAUA